AUGGAACGCAUUCCGGAAGAGGGAGGCGACAAUUCUCCAUAUUCUUCGGAUGUUAGAACAAAUCUGAUGACAUUUCCCGAUAGAUUCCAAGUCGAGGAUCCAGCAUCAAGACAGAAACCAAACACUUGGUGGUUCAAUUGGAUGAAGAGAAAUUCCGGAGUAUGUCUUUUCCUCCUCAACUUCCUUCUCAUCAUCGCUCUUUUCGCCGGCCUCUACAUGGUGUACAAGUUCUCCGAUCAGCAUCAACAAGACAGUAUUACGAUUGAUCAACUCAAAUUUCAUGAAAAUAUUGAACACGAACAUGAGCCCCACAACGAGAUCAAGAAACAAGAAUAUGUGAAGUACGAUAAAGCGGCAAAUAUGGAUGAAGUUUUCAAGAAACGUUUGGAAGAAUUCGAUGCAAAGAUGCAUGCGUUGGAUGAACAAUUGUAUGCACUCGGUGCAGAGAUGUAUGCGUUCGAAAUAGAGAGGAUGAAUGGAACAAACGAAAAGAAUGAGCCAAAGGAACAUCACAAAUUGGGAGAGCAUGAGUUUUUAGAAAAAGAAACUGCUGAAGAGCCGGAGGUAGAAGAAGAUGAAAUGAAGUCUAUGGAUGAAGAGGAUUUCGAGGAUGAAGAAUACGAUGAGUACAACGAGGAGAAAGAGAGAGAAGCGAUGGGUAACUCGACUAGAAAUGAACAAGAAGAGAAAACUGGAAGUGAUGUCGAGAAUGUUGUCGAGACUCCAACCGAACCAUACACAUCUGCGGAUCAGCAAAUUUCGAAAUAA